AUGGUCAACCCGAAUUCACUGGUCAUCUGGGAAGCCCAGUUCGGUGAUUUUGCCAAUAAUGCCCAGUGCGUAAUCGAUCAGUUCAUUUCGUCAGGACAGUCUAAAUGGAUCCGUCAGUCUGGCCUUGUGAUGCUUCUGCCCCACGGUUACGAGGGAAUGGGACCUGAACACUCAUCAGCUCGUCCAGAGAGAUACCUACAAAUGUGUAAUGAGGAUGAUCGGAUUGAUCUAGAAAAUAUUGCAUUUGGUGGCACAUUUGAAGCCCAGCAGCUCCAUGACACCAACUGGAUCGUCGCCAACUGUACCACUCCUGCCAACCUUUUCCAUCUGCUUAGAAGACAGGUAGCCAUGCCGUUCCGUAAGCCAGCUGUGGUGAUGACACCAAAGUCACUGCUUCGUCAUCCGAUGGCUCGUUCACCAAUCGAAGAUUUCAAGACUGGCACAACUUUCCAGCGCGUUAUUCCUGACAACGCUGAACAUGGUGCUGUGAAGCGACUUGUUUUCUGCACAGGAAAAGUGUACUACGAUUUGGUAAUGGCCAGAAAGCAUGUGGGAAAAGAGGAUUCGGUGGCGAUCUGCCGUAUAGAACAAAUUUCUCCGUUCCCGUACGAUUUGGUUCAAGUUGAAUGCCAGAAAUAUCCAGAAGCAGAGCUUAUUUGGUCUCAAGAGGUUUGUUACAGUUUUUGUGAGUUCACUUUCACAGUAUUGUGGGAAUGUUGGGGUGCGGUUGCGUAA